AUGGACCCUAAUGGCUACCGAGAGGAGGCACAUUUGUCUACAGGGAAACACUGUACAAACUAUGCUGCAGAGGUUGAGGCUCUCAUUCAUGCUGCCCACAUCAUCAGCACCAGACAGGAAAACUGCUCACAUGUUGUCUUCCUGGCUGAUACUCUCUCAGCCCUCCAGGCUCUUGAAAACAACAAGGUUGACAGACUUUCAGAAGCCUUACAUCCUAUCAGCAGUGACAACCAAGUCGUGUUACAAUGGAUCCCUGCUCAAUGUGGCAUACCAGGAAAUGAAAAUGCAGAAAGACUAGCAAAACUGUGUGCAACCAAAGAACAGGAGGAUAAAUGGGUGACAUAUGAAGAGUUGAAAUCCCAUAUUAAAUAUCUCUAUAGACCUCCUAAACAAACCAAUGAUUAUUACCUGCUGUCCCGUCAGGAACAGGUCACCAUUUUCCGACUAAGGACUGAACACAACAGGCUGAACCAGCAUAUGCAUAAGAGGUUCUGGCUGUUACCUUCUUCCAUGUGCACCUGUGGAGAAGAACAGACGAGCGAACAUAUCAUUCAAAACUGCAUAUACCUACAGCAGCUGUGGGAGACUACCUGGACAACUACAACAACUCUCCAGAAGAAGCUGUAUGGCACAAGCAGUGAUCUACAGAAAACAGUAUCGUUCAUAGUCACUGCUGGCCUCGACGUGUAG